CUGGAGAGGUUUCAGUUUAAAAUAAGCCAUUAACAGGCGUAAGCUUUACAAAAGACCUGCUCUUGCUGGAUAUGAAAGCGAACAGGACUGAUUUGUUGAUGUGGAUCGGCCCACCUUCCUGCACUAUCGGACUUUCCUGCUUUCAUCAUAGCUGCCUUUGACUGGUGAAAUUUGAAGAUGUUGAAGUUUAAGUAUGGUGCACGUAACACAACGGAGCAAGGCAUGGAGUCCAUUGCCAGCCGUGCUUCUAAACUUAAUAUGCUUUUCCAGGGAAAGCUACCCUCUAUGGUACAGCAGCAGAUGUUUCCACUUUCAAGAGAAGGGAUUUUGGACACCCUAAUGGUGCUUUUUGAAGAAUGUGCCAACCCUGCUUUAAUGAAAAUGAAGCAUGUGGGGAACUUCCUUAAAAAGUAUUCGGGUUCAAUAUCAGAGUUGCGGGAGCUUCAACCCAGCGUGAAGGACUUUGAAGUCAGGAGCCUGGUGGGAUGUGGUCACUUUGCAGAAGUGCAGGUGGUGAGAGAAAAGGCAACUGGUGACGUCUAUGCCAUGAAGGUGAUGAGCAAGGGGAUGUUGCUGGCACAGGAUAAGGUAUCAUUCUUUGAAGAAGAGAGGAAUAUAUUAUCCCAGAAUACCAACCCUUGGAUUCCACAACUGCAUUGUGCAUUUCAGGACAAAAAGAACCUUUAUUUGGUUAUGGAAUAUGAGCCUGGAGGAGAUCUACUGUCCUUCUUAAACAGAUAUGAGGAUCAACUUGAUGAACAUACUGUUCAGUUUUAUCUAGCUGAGCUAGUUCUGGCCAUUCGGAGUGUCCACCAAAUGGGCUAUGUGCACCGAGACAUUAAGCCAGAGAAUAUCCUCAUCGACCGAACAGGACACAUCAAACUGGUGGACUUUGGGUCAGCUGCCAAACUGACAGUGGAUAAAACGGUGAAUGCUAAACUGCCAGUUGGGACUCCAGAUUAUAUGGCCCCAGAGGUGCUAAUGGUUUUGAAUGGUGAUGGCAUGAGUUCGUAUGGAUCAGAAUGUGAUUGGUGGUCUCUAGGGGUGGUUGCAUAUGAAAUGAUUUAUGGAAAAUCUCCAUUUACUGAAGGAACUUCAACCAAAACCUUCAAUAACAUCAUGAAUUUUCAGAGGUUUCUGAAGUUCCCUGAGGAUGUGAAAAUCAGCAAUGAAUUUCUUGAUCUACUGCAGAGUUUGCUGUGUGGGCAGAAAGAGAGACUAGAUUAUGAAGGCCUUUGCUCUCAUCCAUUCUUUUCCGCAAUAGAGUGGAAUCACAUCCGUAAUACUCCUCCCCCCUUUGUGCCUACUCUCAAGUCUGAUGAUGACACCUCAAAUUUCGAUGAACCAGAGAAGAAUUCACGAAUUGUAUCCCCUCUGUGCCAGCUGAACCCUGCAGGCUUCUCAGGAGAAGAUUUACCAUUUGUGGGGUUCUCCUUCAUCAAGGCAUUGGGGAUAGUCCGAUCAGAGUCUCUUUUGGGUUUGGAUUCUCCAGUCAAGAUAAACUCCAUGGAAAGCAAGCUCCUUCUUAAGAGUAAAGAGCUACAAGACACACAGGAUAAGUGCCACAAGAUGGAGCAGGAAAUGACGCGCUUGCACCGCAGAGUAUCAGAGGUGGAGGCUGUACUUAGCCAAAAGGAGGUGGAAUUGAAAGCCUCCGAGACGCAGCGAUCCCUCCUUGAGCAGGACCUGGCUACCUACAUCACAGAAUGCAGUAGCUUAAAGCGAAGUCUGGAACAGGCCCGGAUGGAAGUAUCUCAAGAGGAUGAUAAGGCACUGCAACUCCUUCAUGAUAUCAGAGAACAGAGCCGGAAGCUUCAGGAAAUCAAAGAACAGGAGUAUCAAGCCCAAGUAGAAGAGAUGAGGUUGAUGAUGAACCAAUUAGAAGAGGACCUUAUUUCAGCUCGCAGACGUAGUGAUCUUUAUGAGUCUGAAUUGAGAGAGUCCCGACUGGCUGCUGAAGAGUUCAAACGUAAAGCCACAGAAUGUCACAACAGGCUCCAGAAGGUAGUUAAGGUUAAAGAUCAAGGGAAAACAGAAGUAGGAGAGCUGUAUUCCAAGCUGGAGAAGAUCAACGCAGAACAACAGGUCAAAAUACAGGAGCUGCAGGAGAAGCUGACAAAGGCUAUGAAAGCCAGCUCCGAGGCCACUGAACUUCUCCAGAACAUACGUCAAGCAAAAGAGAGAGCAGAGAAGGAGCUGGAGAAAUUGCAGAACCGGGAAGAUUCAAAUGAAAGCAUGAAAAAGAAAUUGCUUGAAGCAGAGGAAAGGCGCCAUUCUUUGGAGAACCAAGUGAAGCGUCUGGAGACGGUGGAACGCAGGGAAAACCGGCUGAAAGAAGAUAUCCAAACUAAAUCCCAACAGAUCCAGCAGAUGGCAGAUAAAAUUCUGGAACUGGAGGAGAAGCACCGAGAGGCACAACUUGCAGCCCAGCACCUCGAGUUGCAUCUGAAACAGAAAGAGCAGAUGUAUGAAGAAAGGAUCAAAGUACUUGAUAAUCAGAUGAAAAAAGAUCUUGCGGACAAAGAAGCGCUCGAAAACGUGUUGAGGAAGCAUGAGGAAGAAGCCCGUGAAAAGUGCAAGCUUCUUGCAGAACAGAAAGCAAUGAUCAAUGCUAUGGAUUCCAAGAUUAGGUCUCUAGAACAGAGGAUAGUUGAAUUGUCCGAAGCUAAUAAGCUUGCAGCAAACAGCAGCCUGUUCACACAGAGAAACAUGAAAGCCCAAGAAGAAAUGAUUUCUGAGCUCAGGCAGCAGAAAUUUUACCUGGAAACUCAAGCAGGAAAAUUAGAGGCCCACAACAAUAAACUGGAGGAGCAGUUGGAGAAAAUCAGUCAUCAGGACCACUCUGACAAGACUCGUCUGUUGGAGUUGGAGACCAGGUUGCGAGAGGUGAGCCUUGAGCACGAGGAGCAAAAACUGGAACUCAAGCGGCAGCUCACGGAAUUGCAACUCACUCUCCAGGAGAGAGAAUCUCAGAUUUCAGGGUUGCAGGCUGCCCGUGCUGCCCUGGAAAGCCAGCUUCGGGAGGCUAAAACUGAGCUGGAGGAGACCACCGCCGAGGCAGAAGAGGAGAUUCAAGCUCUGACGGCACAUAGAGAUGAAAUCCAGCGUAAAUUUGAAGCCCUUCGUAAUAGCUGCACAGUGAUUAGUGAUUUGGAAGAGCAAUUGAACCAGUUGACAGAGGACAACGCUGAGCUGAACAAUCAGAAUUUCUUCCUGUCCAAACAGUUAGAUGAGGCUUCUGGGGCAAGCGAUGAAGUGGUCCAGCUGCGGAGUGAGGUUGAUCAUCUUCGCCGUGAGAUCACGGAGCGAGAGAUGCAGCUCACCAGUCAGAAACAAACAAUGGAGGCCUUAAAGACAACCUGCACUAUGCUGGAAGAGCAGGUAAUGGAUCUGGAGGCUCUCAAUGAUGAACUCCUGGAGAAAGAGCGCCAGUGGGAAGCAUGGAGAAGUGUUCUGGGGGAUGAAAAGACUCAGUUUGAAUGUCGGGUUCGUGAGCUGCAGAGGAUGUUGGAUACAGAAAAACAAAGCAGGGUGCGAGCGGAUCAGCGUAUAACUGAGUCCCGCCAGGUGGUAGAGCUUGCUGUUAAAGAACAUAAAGCAGAGAUCUUGGCUCUCCAGCAAGCAUUAAAGGAGCAAAAACUCAAAGCUGAAAGUCUGUCAGAUAAGCUGAAUGAUUUGGAGAAGAAGCACGCCAUGCUGGAGAUGAAUGCUCGCAGUCUGCAACAGAAGCUCGAGACAGAACGUGAACUCAAGCAGAGGCUUCUGGAAGAGCAAGCAAAGCUGCAGCAGCAAAUGGAUUUGCAGAAGAACCAUAUAUUCCGCCUGACUCAAGGCCUGCAAGAGGCUUUAGAUAGAGCAGAUCUUUUGAAGAAUGAGAGGAGUGACCUGGAGUAUCAGUUAGAAAAUAUCCAGGUUCUCUUUUCCCAUGAAAAGGUGAAAAUGGAAGGCACUAUUUCACAGCAAACCAAGCUUAUUGAUUUUCUUCAAUCGAAGAUGGACCAGCCAGCCAAAAAGAAAAAAGGCCUGUUUAGUCGACGGAAAGAGGACCCUUCUUUACCCACACAGGUUCCUCUACAGUACAAUGAGCUGAAGGUGGCCCUGGAGAAAGAGAAAGCCCGCUCGGCCGAGCUGGAGGAGGCCCUUCAGAAAACCCGCAUUGAGCUCAGAUCUGCGCGCGAGGAAGCUGCCCAUAGGAAAAUUACAGACCACCCUCACCCAUCCACUCCUGCCACGGCCAGGCAGCAGAUCAUCAUGUCUGCCAUAGUCCGGUCACCAGAACACCAGCCCACGCCCAUCAGUCUGCUUGCGCCUCCCUCAAGUCGCAGAAAGGAGUCUUCCACACCAGAGGAAUUUAAUCGGCGUAUGAAGGAAAGGAUGCACCAUAAUAUUCCUCACCGGUUCAAUGUGGGAUUGAAUAUGAGAGCAACAAAAUGUGCAGUUUGCUUGGAUACGGUGCAUUUUGGACGUCAAGCAUCUAAAUGUCUUGAAUGCCAGAUGAUGUGCCAUCCAAAAUGUUCAGCCUGCUUGCCAGCAACCUGUGGCUUACCUGCAGAGUACGCCACACAUUUCUCGGAAGCCUUCUGCCGAGACAAACUGAACUCCCCGGGUCUGCAGCUGAAAGAACCAAGCAGCUCUCUGCGGCUGGAAGGCUGGAUGAAGGUGCCAAGAAAUAAUAAGCGUGGGCAGCAAGGCUGGGACAGGAAGUACAUUGUUCUAGAAGGAACGAAAGUGCUUGUUUAUGACACAGAAGCAAGAGAAGCUGGACAGAGGCCUGUGGAAGAGUUUGAGCUGUGUCUUCCAGAUGGGGAUGUUACUGUCCAUGGAGCUGUUGGAGCAACUGAACUUUUAAAUACAGCUAAGACAGAUGUGCCAUAUAUAUUAAAGCUGGAGUCUCAUCCUCACACCACCUGUUGGCCUGGCCGGACCCUCUAUUUACUAGCACCCACUUUUCCUGAUAAACAACGCUGGGUCAGUGCACUAGAGUCCAUUGUUGCUGGAGGACGAGUUUCCAGAGAAAAGGCCGAAGCUGAUGCUAAGUUACUUGGCAAUUCUCUCCUGAAGCUUGAGGGAGAAGAUCGUUUGGAUAUCAAUUGCACCUUACCUUUCAGUGAUCAGGUAGUGCUGGUGGGUGCCGAGGAAGGUCUUUAUGCCCUGAAUGUGCUGAAGAACUCUUUAACGCACGUCCCUGGAAUUGGUGCAGUCUUCCAAGUGCAUCUCAUUAAGGAUCUGGAGAAACUGCUCAUGAUAGCAGGCGAUGAGAGGGCCCUGUGUCUUGUUGACGUUAAGAAAGUGAAGCAGUCUCUAGCCCAAUCCCACCUCCCUGCUCAGCCUGAUGUCUCCCCAAAUGUUUUUGAAGCUGUGAAGGGGUGCCACCUUUUUGCUGCUGGCAAGAUUGAGAAUGGGCUGUGUAUCUGCGCGGCCAUGCCCAGCAAACUGGUCGUCCUCCGCUAUAACGAGAGCCUCGGCAAGUUUUGCAUCAGGAAGGAGAUAGAAACUUCAGAGCCCUGCAGCUGUAUCCACUUCACUAAUUACAGCAUCAUCGUUGGAACAAACAAGUUUUACGAAAUUGAGAUGAAGCAGUACACACUGGAAGAAUUCCUGGACAAGAACGACCACACUUUAGCUUCUGCUGUUUUUGCAUCAUCCACCAACAGCUUUCCAAUCAAUAUCAUCCAAGUGAAUCCUGCAGGCCAGAGAGAGGAAUAUCUGCUUUGCUUUCAUGAAUUUGGUGUCUUUGUCGACUCCUACGGAAGGCGUAGUCGUUCAGAUGACCUGAAGUGGAGUCGUCUGCCUUUAGCAUUUGCCUACAGGGAGCCAUAUUUGUUUGUGACACACUUCAACUCCCUCGAAGUGAUAGAGAUUCAAGUGCGUGGCUCUCUUGGCACCCCAGCUCGAGCCCACUUGGAUAUCCCAAGCCCUCGCUACCUGGGCCCCGCAAUUUCAUCCGGAGCCAUUUACCUGGCCUCCUCCUACCAGGACAAACUCCGAGUGAUUUGCUGCAAGGGGAACUUGGUAAAGGAAUCAAACAAUGAACACCACCGAGGAUCCUCGGCCACACGCAGCUGUCCACGUCCAUUGUUUUUGAAUGACAGCAGCCCGAAUAAAAGAGGCCCCCCAACCUACAAUGAGCACAUAACCAAGCGGGUUGCAUCCAGCCCUGGGCCUCCGGAAGGUCCGAGCCACCCUCGAGAGCCAAGCACACCCCAUCGCUAUCGAGAGGGAAGGACGGAGCUCCGUAGGGACAAGUCUCCCGGACGGCCGCUCGAGAGGGAGAAAUCGCCCGGCCGCGUUCUGAGCACCCGCCGGGAAAGAUCUCCUGGGAGGCUGUUUGAGGAGAGCAGCAGGGGACGGAUGCAGGUGGGAGGCGCGAGGACCCCCCUCUCCCAAGUCAACAAGGUCUGGGACCAAUCUUCAGUAUAAGCUACACAAGCCUGCCCUGACCUUGAACUGCAGGAAGAACCAAGGAAAUAGUACUGAGCAGGCCCUCCGCACUUCUUACCUAGUUGCCUAGCCAGCCACCGAUCCAUAGCGCUGGGCCCGAAAUGGUUCUGGCAACAGGAUCCAAAUCCACCAGGACUCUCGUUGCUUCCAAGGAAACGUGUGCAUCUCAGUUUAUUUUCCUACAGCUUCCUGCAGUUGGGUUUUCUCUGCUCUCUUCCUCUUUCCCCUUCCCCUUCCCACUCCCUCUUUUUGGGCACUUUGUACUACCGUUGCUCUUUCAAAGCAGUUCAUAAACUUUUUAUACUUCGCUUUUAGCCUUCUGCCAGCCCCACUGAUGAAGCCCGAUGGGAUGGGGAUCCUCACACCCAAGUCUGAAAAGUGUGGCUUAUCAGCAUUUGGGGAAAAGAUGCUGUAUUCUGGAAAGGCCUAGGAACAGUCAAGGCCACCGUGAGUGUGUCUCGGUACCCAGCAUCAUAAGCUUCUUCUGCAGAGCUUGAGAAAUAACCUGAUCAGUUUAUUCCAGCUUCUGCUUCCAAAACCCUUUGGGAUUUAAUAUAGCAGUUAAAUGCAGCUCUCUGGUCAGCCGGGUUACAGAGAAGGGAAUGUCCUCUUUUAACUCUUCCCCAAACAUCUCCCGAUCCCAUAAAGUACGUGGUCACAACCCGCUCCCCUCUUUCUGCAUUCAAGCAGUCGCGAGGUGUAAAUCCCCCCCCCUUGGCCCCUUACCCAGGUUUUCUGCAUGGCAGUUCCCUGCAUGCUUACUGCAACACCAUCAUCCUGGCUGCCGUCUUCUUUUCAGUUGCUUUGCUAGAUAUUGUAUCUUGUACCUCCCGUGUUAACUGAGCUGAAGCCUUGAUAGCUUAUGCUGCAACAGUAAAACCAUCCUUGUUUACUGGGGAAACUGGCACUGAAGGAGAACGAGCGAUGGUUCUUGAUUCCACGGCAACAGAGCUUUGACGAGGCAUGAUGGCAUUCCCAUCCUCAGACCGUAUCAGAUAGGAUCCUGUUUUCAGAUGCCCUCCCUGAAAUGGACGGUGGCCAAGCUUAGGAGACACUCCCUUGCAGCUGGGGUGCAAGCCACACUCAGCCACUCCUAAUAAAGCACCACUAUAAUGAAAAGAACGAGGGGCGGAAAACCUCAAAAAUAAAAGACCCGUGGAGUGGUCUUUUUUUUGCACGUAGUGGUGGCAACCCACCUCUUGUGACAGUACAGGGAGAGGGCGAUUCAACAGCUUUGGCAAACGCCAAACAUUUCUCCAUCCCUUUUUGAAACAACUGCAAGCCACCCUCUAUUUGCUUCUCAUUCUUGGGUGUUGCUGAGCGCCAAGGCAGAUUUAUUUCCAAGUUAGGCUUUGGCCGUUCCAGUUGCUUUAGCUGCAUUUCUCUCCAAGCUGGCAAGAACAAACCCGCCCAUCUCUCUUGCUUGUUCCUUUUGCCAGCUGGUGCUGCCAUCCUGGAGAGGUGCCUAAAAAUCUCUCUCUAAGCAUCAGUGCCCUUUUUGGAGGGUCUUGUGGAUAACAGGGUCUGGUCUGUGGUGUCAUCGGGCUGUUGUAUAUCAGAUGGUUUGUCAGGAAACAUGCUGAGAUUUCUGCCUCUGGGCCUGGGUGUCCCGAAAGAUACUUUAGGUCUUUGCAUCUCAUGGAAAAGUCCCCUAUGACCUGAAAACUCGGCUUGUCGAGUCCUGAAAGUGUAAAUCUUGUGUCUUGUUGUGAAAUGCUUCCUGCUAUAGAAUAGCUCAAAGGACUGUACAUAUUUACAAGAAACUUUAUAUUCAUAAAAAAACAAAACAAAAAGAAAUCAGAUCAGUUUCUACUUUUUUAUUGUAAAGUGCAUUUUUUUCCAACCACUAGCUCUUUAUUUUAAGGGCGGUUGUGGAGCGGUUGCCUUCAGCCUCCCCAUAACCCUUCAGGUACCCAUGGAGAAAAUAUUGUAACAUUAAAUUUGCGAGCAGAAGCUUGUUAGCAUAAAUGAGGCAUUAUUACCAAAUAGGAUUUGCCUUCAUUACCUUUUUAUUCUUGCAAACAAGGGAAAGAAACAACAGAAAUAAAUUACACACCUGGAAAGUACUGAAUUUGUUGUUGAACAAUAACCAAAUAAUAAAAAAAAAAUUCACUCUUCUGA